GGUCCGCUCCCCCGCUCCUGCGUCGUGCGUCGUCUGCCGUUCGUCUGCUUGCAGUCCGUUGGGCUUGCACGCUCGGCUUCCAAAGAAACUCGGAUCUACGCGAGCAUUUCUCUCAAUUGCGGCGGCGGUUCUCGCAGGGAUAUUGAAGAACCGUGGGAUCUUGACGGAAACAGAAGAACGUGAUGUGUGCGCGCCUGUCGGAAACUGGUCGCUUCACGCCGUAGAGUGUUGCGACAGGAACGGUCCUUCGUCUCCGAGUGCCUCUCGUCGCACGGGCGCCGGGCCCCGACCAAAAGUUGCCCGGUCACGAGCGAUGAGUGCGGGCACCGCUCUGGUCGAGAAAUCGUCCAGCAAGCGACGUCCGAGACACCGUCGUCCGCCCCCGCAGCCUCCGCCGGUCAGAGUUAAGGCCGAACCCGUCGACGACAUCAAGGACUACGCGGAGACGACGAUGAACGAGCUGCUGGGCUGGUACGGCUACGAGAAGGCGGUGGACAGCCGGGACACCCAGGGCCUGAACCUGACCCACUUCGCGCCGUCCAGCUCGGACAGCGGCCCGGAGGACUCGGGCAACGAGCGCCGCCACCACAGGCACCGGGGGCCGCACCACCGGCACGCGGGGCAGCGGGCCUCCUCGGGCACGGCGGACGAGGGGCCACCGGCGCCGGCGCCCGGAGGCGGAGACUCCAGUCCCAGGGCCGACGAUUCGGCGAACCUCCCGCCCAACUGCAUCCUGUGCGCCUGGUGCCAGAAGGUUGGCAUGAAGUUGUUCACCCUCAAGACGACCAACGGGAGCAAAACCUUCUGCUCCGAGCUCUGCUUCACCCAGUGCCGGAGGGCGUCCUUCAAGAAAAACAAGGUGUGCGACUGGUGCAAGCACGUCCGGCACACGGUCAACUACGUCGACUUCCAGGACGGCGAACAGCAGCUACAGUUCUGCAGCGACAAGUGCCUCAACCAGUACAAGAUGAACAUAUUUUGCAGAGAGACUCAGGCCCAUCUGCAAAUGCACCCUCACCUCCAGGAAGCGGCUUGCAAGGCCGCGUCGGGGCUGAUCACGCCCGAGCUUUGGCUUCGAGAUUGCAAGACCCAGCCUUCCUCCACGACGGCCAACGGCCACGACACGGCCGACGAGGAGGAACCGGACGAGCGGAGGUCCCCGCCGCCAUUACCGCUACCACUCCCUCCCCCGCGGCUCCCGCAACCCUCUCCCGAUCCGGGAGGGGACCCCGUGAACCUCUCGCAGAAAGUGUCGCACAAGCAUCCGCACAGAAGACGUCGUUCGUUGAGGUCGUCGCGCCCCGAAACGUCGUCAACGAGCGCCCAAGAGAACGCGUCCCUACCGUCGUCUCAUAACCACCAGCCGCUUUCGGCCCGGUCGCCGCCUAGGACCGCCAGCACACCCUUGAGCACGACCAGCUCGAACAUGAACGGCCAGCAGACUCCGGGAAGUCCGCCAGCCCCACCGCCGCCACCGCCGUCGCAGCUGAUGCCGCCCCUGUCCCUCCCGGGCAUGCCGUUGCCCGACUCCGCCAGGAGACCUCCGUUCCUUCCUCCCCACCCAGCGUUCCACAUGCUCCACCAGAUGCGCAUGCACCACCACAACGCCAGCAACCACGACAGCAUAGCGCCGGGCAGGUCCUUUCUGCCGCCGCCUCCCGGGUUACCACGGAUGGGGCUGCCCAGACCGCCGCUGCUGCCUCUGCCGGCCCCGAACCCGCUGCUGCCCCCGCCCACGGUGAUGGUGCCUUACCCGAUCUUCCUGCCCAUCCCGAUUCCCAUCCCCAUCCCCAUCCCGCUGCCUUUCAAGGAUGCGCCGUGCAGGGACGUGCCCAGGAGGCCGGAUGCCGAGGUCCGCGACAAAAGGCGGCGGAGGGGGACGCCGGAACACGACGACAUGAGGGACUCGGUGGACACCGAAGACGACGAGGGUCCCAGGACGAGACCCGUCAAGUCCGGCAGGCGGAGCCUCAACUCCGUGCACCUCAAAGUUAGCCGGGGUGCAUCGGCGGGAGCGCCGCUUCCAGACGCGGACAAGAGACUUCUGGACGAAGACAGAGACCUCGGCAGGGACGUCAAGCGGAAGUGUACGCGAAAUUGAGCGGAACUUUCGAACCAUCUCGCCCGUGUUAUUUUCGCACCCUCGAACGAUGCAUAUCUAACUUGAUUAGAAUGAGCGAAGAAAAACACCUGAUGGCAUGUAGGCAGGGUGCAAUGAAACAUUGUCGGUGAAACGACGGAUCUAUCAAAAUGUGUCCGCACCGCAGCGGUUGGCUGUUAAUAGCCGAUUCCGCUGCAAGAACAAGGCAAUGCGUGACACUUCUCAACCGUCCUCGGUCUCGCUCAGUGAUGUUUCGCGGAUAUGAAUGUUGCAUUUGCCGGUAAAGAAGACUGCAAAUCCCGUUAAAGAGCGCUAGGUCUCGCUGUUUUGUUCAUAUACCCAGAGGAGUAACAAGGACGUGUUUUGGUGGCCAUGGUAAGUGGUUAAGUUUGCGUGUGUGCGGCGUCGUGGUAAAGCAGGCAAAAAGGGCAGGCUGUAUACGGUGAAACGAAAAACGGUGAAUGCGAAACUUACGCGCAAGGCCGAUUCCUCGCUCGAGCCUAGUCGACUCGGGGCAUUUUCGGGUAUCGUUUUGUCUUUCUAGGCUUAGAACCCCAGCAGAGGUUGCGCAAUGCUGGAAAACUAAACUCCUACCUUUAACUGGAUCCCCAGCAGUUUCCCUUUCGUUUUUUUCUUUAUUUUUCUUCCUAUUGGCGUUAUUUUUAUUUUUCUAACAACAGUAGAUGAAGUAAACAUUUUAUGCUUUCACAAGCAGUGUAAAUUCGUCUGCGGCUAUCCGCGGUGUUCAAUGUAGGUGUGCCGGAAUAAAUUAGGUACAGAACUGCCACUACGAAAACUAGAAGGACAUGCCUCGUUCGGUAAAUGUGAAAAAGGAAAAAAAAAACGCAAGAGGUUACGUGGGCUUGAAAAUUGAUUUUCAUAAAAUUAGCCAACAAAUUUGACAGGUUCUGUUACGGUUUAAGCCCCCCCCCCCCCCCUCCCCCCACCCAAUUGGUGUCCAGAAACAACCCACAACCUUAGCAGUUAAUGCGCUGGUCGGGAUCGAGUGACUAGCUUAAGUUCUUUGCGAAUCAUCUACCAUUUUUAUUGGGUUCGAAUUUGAAAGGUCGCUCCCAAAGUAUAUUGAAUUCAAAUCAGUAGGUUCUUUAUCGCCUGUCUAAUCAAAGAUAAGUCGUGUUUCGCUGCGUGGAUUGCGACUUUUAUGUGUGCACUUCAAUUAAAUGAUGACCCUUUAUGAAAGGUUUCCCCCUUAAGUCCUGGAACUUUGGAACCGAAAGUAGUCGUGAGCUCGCCGUGCCAUACGGAAAUAUGCGUCGUUUUUCGUUUUUUUUGUGUUAUUGGUUUGUUGUUAAAUAAAGAGCAAAGUUGUGAUCUACUACCCGGUUAUGAAGGCGAGCAUUUUAAAUGUUGACUUAGUACUCCUGAACAAGUGUAGAGGGCAAACGAUUGUUUAAUAUUUUAGCUGAUCGUUGUACUCCUCUCUUCAUUGCUUUCUUUUUUACUCUAAAAUAACAUCAAAUCGACAUUCGAGAUGCUGUUUACCAAUGCGAACCGCUUCGGGUUACCUUUCUGCUAAACAUAAAUGAUAGUGAUGCCAAUUCGUCCUUGAUUUCUGCUGGACGCCGUUUCAUGCUGGAACGUUUAUGUACAUACACUGAGCACAAAUACAAACUGUGUACGUUUUCUCAGAAA